AUGACUGAUGCCAAAGACGGAGUUUCACUGUUCGAUCACGCGUCUGGCACUUCCGUUGCACUUGCUGACACUGCUGCCGCUCUUGACCGCUCACAGUGGCAGACUCGCGAUGCUGCUGCGCGCCUCGCUAUUCGCAACCAUCUGCCGAUCACUGAGCGCGCGCAUUUUAGUCAGCACAAGACUGCUAAGGCACUGUAUGACGCUGUAGUUGCGCGCUACUCUUCCCCUGCCACUGCAGCCCUAGGUCGCCUCAUCAUGCCCUACCUGUUCCCUGACCUGUCCUCCUUUGCCACUGCUGAGGACCUCAUCUCUCACCUUCGCGCUAGUGACGCUCGCUUUCGUGCCGCUCUUUCAGCCGAUUUCCUCGCCAAGAAUCCCCCUCCGAUGUUUUUUACCCUCUACUUCCUCGUCACCCGCCUCCCUGACACUCUUAGCUCGGCACUGCUCGUGGCACUCCACGCACUCCCCUCUUUGAGGGGUGCUCCCCCUCCCCUCUUGCCCCCUCCUUCCUGCGCCUCUACUGUUGCUGCCGUCGAUUUCCUUGGCGCUGAGCAGGUAGCAGCUGCUUCCGCUCCUAGUGGGAAGCGCCGCAGCGCCAGGGGCGGCAAGCGAGGCAGGGGUGGUGGAGGCGGCAGUGCAGGAGGCGGUGGAGGAGGCGGUGGUGGGGGCGGCGGUGGAGGCGGAGGUGGCGGGGGUGGUCGUGGGGGUGGAAGUAGUGGGUGGGAUGGCGGUGGUACCGGGAGCGGUGGAGGUGGCAGCGGCGGUAGUGGGGGAGGAGGGAGCGGUGGUGGAGGUGGUGGUGGUGGAGGCGGUGGAGGGGGCUCCAGUGGUGGCCAGGGACAGCAGCAGCAGCAGCAGCAGCAGCAGCAGCAGCAGCAGCAGAAGUAG